AUGCCUGUUAGACGAGGUCACGUGGCGCCUAGGACAACGAUCAUCGAAACCAUCAUCAGAAAGUUCGAUACGCACGAUCGAAGUUUUUUAGUGGCCAACGCUCAACAGGGACUAUGUCACAUAAUAUACUGCUCGGACGGUUUCUGCCGGCUGACGGGCUUCUCGAGGGCGGAAGUGAUGCAGAGACCGGCGAUCUGCGAGUUCCUUCAUGGGCCAAUGACGUCGCCCCAUGCGGUCGCGGCCCUCCGCGACGCUCUCGCCGCAGGCGUCGAAAAGCAUUUCGAGAUCCUCUACUACAGGAAAGACGGCACCAAGUUCUUGUGCAGCGAAGUGAUAGCGCUGAUAAGGAGCGAAGUGGACGAUAUCUGUUUGCAAAUCAUAAACUUCGAGGAUCUGAGCUCCCAACCGCCCCCACAACCUGCGAUUCCGCCCCCCACUCAGACCAACAACAGGCUCGUCACACGCUUCGACAGGGCAAGGGCGUCCUUUCGCGCGGGGCUGUCCAGGACCGGUGUCGUUGGUCCGCCGAGGGUCAGGAAUCGACCGAGAACCACGACCAACUUACCUCAUCGACUUGCUGACGGGACCAUCCUCGACGAGGACGCCUCUGAGAACUGCCCACUAACAUGUGGUUCACCCACAAUGAUGGAAUCUUGGGGUCCUGGAAGGACUGGCACACCCCCGCCUGCUCUUCCGCCCCCGCCAGCUGGGAGCAACAAUGGUGCAACGUCUGCAGCAACCGCAAACGUUGCACAGCCCAGCACCGCCGCGCCGAUUGCCAGUCCCGAGGGGGUGAGCGACGUCUCCCAAAAAUCCGGGAUCUGGGACGGUGGGAAUUUCUCGUCCGGUGGAGGCGCGGAGGGACCGUCCAGAAGCGUGUCGCACGCUGCGAGCCUGGACGCGAUCUCGAGGAGAGCGGUGAAACCGGAAGCGGCGAGGACGCCGUGUCGCAGCCUCACCUGCAGCGUAUUAGCGGGUCGAGGGAGCGAACACGUCACCCUCGAGCGACGGCCAGCGACAGUCGAUAAUCUCACCGAAGCGACUAAACAUUCGAAAAUCUUUCCGGGCGUCGCGUCCGAAAGCGAUCUGCAAAAAUGGCGGACGUCCAAGGACCGGAAGUCGCCGUCGCUCAGCCAGAUGGGGCCGGAUUCCAUCAAACACAAAUUCUCCUUGCAGGACAACGGAUCGGCAAAAUACUUCCAGGGAGCCAUGCACGCGUCAAACAUGGGAGAAAAAGUCGCUCAGAGUACAGUAACUCACGUGCUGUCCCUUGGAAACGACAUCCUCCCAGAGUACAAAUUACAGUCUCCUAGAAUCGGCAAGUGGACCAUACUGCACUACUCACCUUUCAAGGCGGUCUGGGACUGGGUGAUACUGCUGUUGGUCAUGUACACGGCGAUAUUCACCCCGUAUGUAGCCGCCUUCGUCCUGUCGGAUCCGGAUUACAAUAGCAGGAAGAACAAGAAAUACAGUGACGACCCUAUCGUCAUCAUAGACUUCAUAGUCGACGUCACGUUCAUAGUGGACAUCAUCAUAAAUUUUCGCACGACAUUCGUGAACAGCAACGAUGAAGUGGUGUCCCAUCCUGCAAAGAUAGCCGUCCAUUACCUGAAGGGUUGGUUCAUCAUCGACCUGGUCGCCGCCAUACCCUUCGACCUUUUCCUCGUUGGCUCCGACACUGACGAGCUCGGCUUGGACAAGGAUGAGACGACCACCUUGAUAGGACUAUUGAAGACCGCUCGUCUUCUGCGACUUGUCAGAGUAGCUAGGAAGAUCGAUAGGUACAGCGAAUAUGGAGCCGCGGUGUUACUCCUUUUGAUGGCCACCUUCGCUCUUAUUGCUCACUGGAUGGCGUGUAUAUGGUACGCUAUAGGAAACGCGGAGAGGCCAACAUUGAAGAGUAAAGUCGGCUGGCUCGACAUUCUGGCCAACGACACGCAUCAGUUUUAUUUUCACAACAACACCGGGGGGCCGAGUAUAAAGAGCCGCUAUAUCACAGCACUGUACUUCACCUUUAGUAGUUUAACGUCGGUGGGCUUUGGGAACGUAGCUCCAAACACGGACACCGAGAAAAUAUUUACAAUAAUCGUUAUGCUAAUCGGAUCUCUAAUGUACGCCAGUAUCUUCGGCAACGUCUCCGCGAUCAUACAGAGGCUCUACAGCGGGACAGCGAGAUAUCACACGCAGAUGCUACGUGUCCGCGAGUUCAUACGGUUCCAUCAAAUCCCGAAUCCCCUGCGACAACGUCUCGAGGAGUACUUUCAGCACGCUUGGACCUACACGAACGGGAUCGACAUGAACAGCGUAUUGAAAGGGUUCCCGGAGUGUCUUCAGGCGGACAUCUGUCUUCAUCUGAAUCGUAAUCUUUUAAACAACUGCCGAGCCUUCGAGGGUGCCAGCCCCGGUUGUUUAAGGGCGCUAUCGUUAAAGUUCAAAACCACACACGCUCCACCCGGAGACACGUUAGUCCAUCGAGGUGACGUGCUGACGUCCCUGUACUUCAUAUCCCGAGGCAGUAUAGAGAUAUUAAAAGGCGACGUGGUGAUGGCGAUACUGGGCAAGGACGACAUAUUCGGGGAGAAUCCUUGCAUCUAUCCUACUGUAGGCAAAUCGUCCUGCAACGUACGCGCUUUGACCUACUGUGAUCUCCACAAAAUACACAGGGACGAUCUACUUGACGUUUUGGCCCUGUAUCCAGAGUUCUCGAAUCACUUCAGCCAGAAUCUAGAGAUCACUUUUAAUCUUCGAGACGAGGAACAGGCCGGUGUAGAUCCGAUGUCAGCAAGGUUUCCUGUCAGCACUCCAACGGACGUCGAAGUCGACGCCAGGAGAUUCGCUUUCCGUCCACCAAGAUACCGUCGCGGACCCGGCGGUCCUGGCACCAAUCUUAUACCCACUGGUCGACAAGACUCAUUGCAGGGUGAUCAGGAGGAUUACGACAAAGCAAGCGGUCACGGAAUUCUGGAGUUCAGCACCGACAAAGCCGGCCAAGACGUGACACCGUUGAACCUGGAGUUCGACGAGCCGAAGCAGCGAAGCUCCACAUUGAACUCCAUAACCGGCAUGCUAACCCAUCUCAAGCGCAGCAUACCGGACCUACGUCAGCACAAGAUCCAUCUGCAGCCACUGACGAGUCACGAUUACCUCGCCAAGCAGAUGACCACGCCGUUGACGAAGCCGGCCAGGAGAAGUUCAGCUGCCGGUGAGAGCUGCCUCAGCCAGAACGUGGCACAUCCGACCUCAACGACAUCCAGUCAUUACACGACACCGUCGCCACCGCAACAUCCGCAGUCACACGGCGACUUCCAAAGUGGACCAGGCCGGCCUAUAGAGGAAAUAAACGCUAGGAUAGACCAGCUGUCGCGACAAGUGUCGUCUUUGGAGCACUCGAUGGCCGGUGACAUACGGUUGAUCCUCACUCUGCUUCAACAAACGCUUAACUCGUCGAGGGAGAGCUCCAGCAUCGAGAUGAUGCCUGGUACCGCUCCAGCUGGCACCGCCAAGCAGAGUAGCAGAGCUCCGGCGUUGGUCCAACGAUCGGCCAGCGAACCCCAACCACCGACUGUUCCGCCCUCGAGCAACGGAAACGGAAAGAUCCAGCCGAGCACGUCACAUGGAUUGUUCAGACCACAGGCGAGGGAGCCAGCGUCCACGUCCUCGGGUACGUCACGUUUGACGGUUACGUCGGACACGUCCGCGUUGGCCACCGCUCUGCAAACAGCGCUGAACGGAAGAACCGCCCCGACAAGGUCGCAGAGCCAACCUGUCGAUCUCGCGGUACCGACCACUGGACAGCAGAGCCAUAUGCCGCACACCUGGCACAGCCAACCUGCAGCGUUCAGGAGAGGAGAGUUCAGGAGCGGAUACAGCUCAUUCAACAAACGUUCGGAGCUAGAAGGCGACGAUCCCUGGAGCUGCGUGGUGUCCGUGUCGGAUCGAGGCGGUUCCCAAUGUCCUCGAAGCAGCGAAUCCCGUAAGGACACGACGAAUCACCGCGGUUCCAGCGAUCUGGCGUGCAGUCAGCGUUCAGACGGCCGUCAAGGGGGCCAGGAUGGCACGGGUCAGGCGUCUGGGGCCCGACAGGAGUCCUCGAGGCAGACCAGCGAGGACAUGUCCUGGGAGUUCACGAUAAACGAGGCACCGAUCGCGAGACUGGAGUCGUUGGACGAGCUCGAUCAGGAUCACGGCAGUUAAAACCGCACGCGAAAUCACGUUCUGAUGCAAUUUUAAAACGGGUCGGUCGCGACCGAGACGCGCGACCAACGGAACGUUCGG